CUCUUGUUUUAAGCUGGCAAUGCAUUAUGCCCCACAUGCAAGCAAAGCGCCAAUCUCUCAUGAAAUUUGAGGUGGAAACUUGCCACCCUACCCCACCCCACCCCACCCCCAACCCCAGUUGAAAAUUACCGGACUGACAGAUUAAAUCUUCAACUGAUUUAGUUUUUUUAUUUGUUCACUCAAUCUUGAAAGCACUCUUUCAUUGUUCAAAUUUUCACUUAUUUUCAGCUCACAUGAUUGGUUCAAGAUUUCUUGUCCUGUUACAGUGAUGCUGGAAAUCAUCACGUGAUUUUUAUAGUUAAUUUGAUUAUUUUAUCUAUUAAUUUCUAAGUUUUGUUGCUGAACUAAUCUGGAAUUUUUUUUUUAAUCUGUGAAAUAUAUAGCUCUUACAAAGGUUGUUGAAGUGAGUUUUAGAGAUCUAGUUUUUGGGGGGGCUUUUUUAUUUUUUCUUUUUCUGGUGUUGGGAAAAUGGGGAGUUCAGAAGAGAGAGUUGUGGCUGUGAUCAUGGUGGGUGGCCCCACUAAAGGGACCAGAUUUAGGCCAUUGUCACUUAAUGUUCCAAAACCCCUCUUUCCAUUGGCUGGGCAGCCAAUGGUUAAUCAUCCUAUAUCUGCUUGCAAAAGGAUACCAAAUCUAGCACAGAUCUACCUCAUUGGUUUCUACGAGGAGCGUGAAUUUGCACUGUUUGUCUCUUCCAUAUCCAAUGAGCUCAGAGUUCCUGUCAGGUACUUGAAAGAGGACAAACCACACGGCUCAGCAGGUGGGCUUUAUAACUUCCGGGAUCAAAUCAUGGAAGAGAGCCCGUCUCACAUUUUCUUGCUGAAUUGUGAUGUUUGCUGCAGUUUUCCUCUCGCACAGAUGCUAGAGGCCCAUACAAGCUACGGUGGGAUGGGAACAAUUUUGGUGAUCAAGGUUUCUCCGGAAUCAGCAAGCCAGUUUGGGGAGCUCGUAGCUGAUCCCGUUACAAACGAGUUGCUUCACUACACGGAGAAGCCGGAGACUUUUGUGAGUGACCGUAUCAACUGUGGCGUGUAUAUAUUCACGCCCGACAUCUUCACGGCCAUUCAAGGCGUCUCCUCCCAAAGAAAAGACCGAGCAACCCUAAGGCGCGUAUCCAGUUUUGAAGCGCUUCAACCAGCAAACAGGAGCCUCCCGUCAGAUUUCGUAAGACUCGAUCAGGACAUUCUAUCACCACUCGCUGGGAAAAGGCAGUUUUAUGUGUACGAAACCACAGAUUACUGGGAACAGAUCAAGACUCCCGGGAUGUCCCUGAAAUGCUCGGGGUUGUACCUCGCGCAGUUCAGGCGCACCUCACCACAUCUCUUGGCCAGUGGAGACGGCACGAAGAAGGCUGCGAUUUCAGGCAAUGUAUACAUCCAUCCAUCAGCAAAAGUCCAUCCAACUGCUAAGAUCGGCCCCAAUGCUUCGAUCUCAGCUAAUGCUAGGAUCGGAGCUGGCGUGAGGCUCGUCAACUGCAUCAUUCUUGAUGAUGUCGAAAUCAAGGAAAACGCCGUGGUGAUUCAUUCGAUUGUCGGGUGGAAAUCUACCAUCGGAAGGUGGUCGAGAGUCCAGGGCUCGGGAGACCACAACGCGAAGCUUGGCGUCACCAUUCUAGGUGAGUCAGUAACUGUGGAAGAUGAAGUUGUGGUGAUCAACAGCAUUGUUCUUCCAAACAAGACUAUGAAUGUCAGUGUUCAAGAGGAAAUUAUACUGUGACACCAAUAUCUCAUCUUCAUGUAUACUAAUUAUGUCACAUAUUGUUGCAUUUUUCCAGCUUCUACAUGCUUGAUUCAUCUUUUCUUGUGAAUUGUUUCAAAUAAAACGCCUAUUUAUGAUUUA